AUGGAGCAGCUGCAGUACCCAAACUGGUGGAACCAUCUCAGUGUCUUCUCACCACAGCAGGAAAUCCCAAUCCUCAUUUCGCUCACUGUCCAAGGGCUCAACAGUCGAUGGGCUAUCCGAGCUGCUGAGUGCCAGCCCGUACCACCGCAUGUCACUGCACCUACCCCCAGCUUCACAGGAGCAUCUGGCACAGAUCUGAUGGAGCUACUAAUCACUACAUCAUACGGCUUUCCCAAAACGGCACUACCCCACUUCACUUCCGGUAAAGAAUCAGACUUCACCCUUCUCAAGAUGUACUCUGGACAAUCUGCUCAGUUCACACGCUGA